AUGCAGACAAGCCCUAUUCUGAACAUUGAGCAGUGGAGAAGUGGCAGCGUCGCCAACAAUGCCCUGGGAAUACAUUGGAUGCAUACGCGCUCUUUUGCUAAAGUAUACAUCUACACGUUCGCAGAAAAGCAUUCAAAGAUGUACAAAUACAAUCUGCUGAUCGAGGUGCUGGGCGUGCUGGCCAGCUACUCCAUAACCGUGAAGGAACUCAAAAGCCUCUUCGGUUCCAUGAAGGCCGAACGAGGACGCUGGCCGCGCCACUCCGCCAAGCUCCUGGGGGUCCUCCGACAGAUGCCCAACCGCUCUGGCCCUGACGUCUUCUUCUCGUUCCCUGGCAAGAAGGGCUCG